AUAAAAAAUACUGGAUUUAAUUUAAAUGUUAAUUAUUGUGAAUUAUAGAUUAUUGCAGGAAUGACAUUAAAACAAUGAUAAGACCGAGACACUCAAUGACGAUGUACUAUCAGCAGGUAUCGGUGGACCUGUUCAACAUGGUGUACACGGCUAUCGCGUAUCUAGCGUUGGCUGGUGCCGCUUGGCUCUUCCUCCGGCUUAUUCAGGCCUGCUUUUGGCUUCCGAGUCACAUGAAGCGUCAGAACGACGUCCAGCAGCUGUUGGAGAACAAGGUGGAGAGUUACGAGCGCUACGUGCAGGAGUGCGAGGAGAAGGAGGCUGCGGGCGAGGUCAAGGACGACGGCGACAACCGCUCCCUCGAGGAUAAACAGAAGGAUCGCCGCGAAUGUCUGGAAAUGCUGAAGCGGGAACUUCGUCGAAUACGCGACGGUGGUGAUCCCUAUACCUGUGAUUUCCUGCUCGCGGGAGAGGGAAAAAAGCUACUCGAGGAACUCGAGGAAGACGAAGAAGAGCAGAAAGUAGAGAAGGCUGCCGGGGAGAAGUUGAACGAGGAUAAGAUCGAUAAUAGUAUCGACGAUGCCGAUCUCGAUCUCGAACCUAAGAAGGACAAGUGA